UGCGUGGGGAACUUUGCUCCAGGCCGGGCCGGGAGGGGUAGCGUGGGGGAUGAUGGGAGGUUUCCAAGAUGGCGGCGAGGUGGCUCCAGAGUGAUCGCGCCGCCCCGCAGCGUCUCCUCCAUUCAUUGCAGUAACUGGGACGGUGUCGCGGCGGCCCGGGCGCGGCGAACGGGGAGUCUCCGGGGCCCCGGGAGCGGGCAGCCAGCGCGCUGAGAGGCUCCAGGCUCCCGGCCGCUGUGAGCGGGGAGGCGGCUCCGGGUCCAAGCGAGCGGCUCAGGGGCUGUGAGGAGAGAGGGGGAGUCCGGUCCCCGGGCGCUGCGGUCGACUAGCCCCCGCGGUGCUCGGCGCGGGCUGAGCGGACAUGGCCACUAUGGAGAAACUGAUGAAGGCCUUCGAGUCCCUCCGCUCCUUUCAGCAGCAGCAGGGGCCGGCUGCCAUCCCCGAGGAGCCGCUCCAGAGAGCAAAGAAAGAACUUUCAACUACCAAGAAAGAUCGAGUGAACCACUGCCUGACAAUAUGUGAAAACAUAGUUGCUCAGUCUCUAAGGAAUUCUCCGGAAUUUCAGAAACUGCUGGGUAUUGCUAUGGAACUCUUUCUUCUCUGUAGUGAUGAUGCAGAGUCUGAUGUCAGGAUGGUUGCUGAUGAAUGUCUCAAUAAAGUUAUAAAAGCUUUGAUGGAUUCCAACCUUCCUAGGUUACAGUUAGAACUCUAUAAAGAAAUUAAAAAGAAUGGUGCUUCUCGAAGCCUACGUGCUGCAGUUUGGAGGUUUGCUGAGCUUGCCCAUCUGGUUCGACCUCAGAAGUGCAGGCCAUACUUAGUCAACCUAUUGCCCUGUCUAACACGAAUAAGUAAGCGGCCUGAAGAAUCGGUACAAGAGACACUGGCUGCAGCAAUACCAAAAAUCAUGGCAGCAUUUGGCAACUUUGCAAAUGACAAUGAAAUCAAGGUUUUAUUGAAGGCUUUCAUUGCUAAUCUUAAAUCCAGUUCUCCUACCAUCCGUCGAACAGCAGCUGGAUCAGCAGUUAGCAUCUGUCAACACUCACGAAGAACACAAUAUUUUUAUACCUGGUUACUGAAUGUGCUUUUAGGUUUGUUGGUUCCUGUGGAAGAUGAACAUCCUACUCUUUUAAUUCUUGGAGUACUGCUCACACUAAGGUAUCUAAUACCAUUACUGCAGCAGCAAGUAAAGGAUACCAGUCUGAAAGGCAGUUUUGGUGUAACACGAAAAGAAACAGAGAUAUCACCUUCUCCAGAUCAGCUUAUACAGGUCUAUGAAUUGACUUUGCAUUACACUCAGCACCAGGACCACAAUGUUGUGACUGGAGCUUUAGAACUAUUACAGCAACUUUUUAGAACACCACCGCCUGAUCUUCUUCAUGCCCUGACCACUUCAGGAGGCAUUACACAGGUCAGUGUAUCCAAAGACGAGUCUAUCAGCAGAAGCCGCAGUGGAAGCAUAGUGGAGCUUAUAGCUAGAGGGGGGUCUUCAUGCAGUCCUUGUCUGUCAAGAAAACUAAAAGGUAAAGUACUUUUAGGAGAAGAAGAAGGCUUGGAGGAUGACCCUGAAACACGGUCAGAAGUCAGCACUGCAACUUUUGCAGCCUCCAUGAAGAGUGAGAUAACCAGUGAAUUAGCUUCUUCAUCAGGAGUAUCAACAGCUGGAUCAACAGUAAGUUCUGCAGCUGAUCUCACAGGACAUGACAUCAUCACUGAGCAGCCACGUUCACAACAUACUUUGCAAUCAGACUCUGUAGACCUGACCAGUUGUGAUUUGGCCAGCACAACUACUGAAGGGGAAGAGGAUGACAUGCUUAGUCGGAGCUCCAGCCAAAUCAGCACUGUCCAGUCAGACAGCACUAUGGACUUGAAUGAUGGCACGCAGGCUUCUUCACCAGUUAGUGAUAGCUCUCAGACUACCACAGAAGGUCCAGAUUCAGCUGUGACCCCUUCGGACAGUUCUGAAAUUGUUCUAGAGGGUACUGAAAGCCAAUAUUCUGGAAUGCAGAUUGGACAGCUGCAAGAUGAGGAAGAUGAAGCUGCAAAUGUUCUCCAUGAUGACUCCUCAGAGCCUUUCAGAAAUUCUUCCCUUGCCCUUCAGCAGCCACACUUAUUGAAAAACAUGAGCCAUAGCAGGCAGCCUUCUGACAGCAGUGUAGAUAGAUUCAUGGCAAAAGAAGAAGCAAUAGAAUCUGUUGAUCAUGAAAAUAAGCCUUCCAGAAUAAAGGGAGAUAUAGGUCACUACACAGAUGGAAAUUCUGCUCCUCUGGUUCACUGUGUUCGUCUCCUGUCUGCUUCUUUUCUGCUUACUGGGGAGAAAGGUGCUUUAGUUCCUGAUAGGGAUGUGAGGGUCAGUGUAAAAGCAUUGGCAGUAAGUUGUGUUGGAGCUGCUGUUGCCCUUCAUCCUGAAUCUUUCUUCAGCAAACUGUAUAAGACACCUCUUGAAACCAUGGGAGAAGAGUAUGAAGAGCAGUAUGUAUCAGAUGUUUUGAACUAUAUUGAUCAUGGAGAUCCCCAGAUUAGAGGAGCUACUGCCAUUCUCUGUGGAACCAUUGUCUACUCCAUUCUCAAUAAAUCACGUUUUGAUGUGGAAAACUGGCUAGCAAAUGUCAGAAGUUCAACAGGAAAUCUCUUUUCUCUGGUAGACUGUAUACCUCUCUUGCAGAAAACUCUGAAAGACGAAUCCUCAGUUACAUGCAAACUGGCUUGUGCAGCUGUGAGGCAUUGCAUCAUGAGCUUGUGCAGUAGCAGUUAUAGUGAACUAGGUUUACAGUUAAUCAUCGACCUCCUUACUCUGAAGAAUAGUUCUUAUUGGCUAGUAAGGACAGAGCUUCUGGAGACUCUUGCUGAGAUAGAUUUCCGGUUAGUCAGCUUUUUGGAAGGAAAAGCAGACAACUUGCACAGAGGUGUUCAUCAUUAUACUGGGCUAUUAAAACUUCAGGACAGAGUGCUCAACAAUGUUGUAAUCUACCUUCUUGGUGAUGAAGACCCCAGAGUGAGACACAUAGCUGCAGCUUCUUUGAUGAGGCUUGUUCCAAGGCUGUUUUAUAAUUGUGACCAAGGACAGGCUGAUCCAGUAGUGGCCGUGGCAAGAGACCAAAGCAGUGUCUACUUGAAACUCCUAAUGCAUGAGACUCAGCCUCCAUCUCACUUUGCAGUGAGCACUAUCACCAGAACAUACAGGGGUUACAACCUGGUGCAAAGUCCAACAGAUGUCACUAUGGAAAACAACCUUUCUAGGGUUAUCUCAGCCGUUUCCCAGGCAUUGACAACAUCAACUACAAGAGCGCUUACAUUUGGCUGCUGUGAAGCUUUGUGUCUUCUCUCCACAACGUUUCCAGUCUGCACAUGGACUGUAGGAUGGCACUGUGGGUAUGUUUCUUCAUCCAGUAUACAAGCUUCUAGAAUUCAUGUUUACAAAAACAGAGGACACUCAUUCAGUGCUUCCCAGCUGAGUCCUUCGGAGGAAUCUCGGAAGAGCUGUACAAUUGGAAUGGCUGGAAUGGUUUUGUCCCUUCUUUCAACGGCCUGGUUCCCACUGGAUCUUUCUGCACAUCAAGAUGCUUUGAUUUUGGCUGGAAACUUGCUUGCAGCAAGUGCCCCCAAAUCUUUGAAAAACCCCUGGACUGCUGAAGAAGAUAUGAAUCCAGGUGCUGCUAAACAAGAGGAGCCAUGGCCAGCUUUGGCUGACCGAACUCUUGUUACUUUGGUAGAACAACUCUUUUCUCAUUUGCUGAAGACCAUUAAUAUUUGUGCUCAUGUGGUGGAUGAUGUUGCUCCUGGCCCAGCAAUAAAGGCAACAUUGCCUUCUCUCUCAAACCCACCUUCUCUAAGUCCAAUUCGUCGGAAAGGGAAAGAGAGAGAACCUGUGGAACAAACAUCUGUACCAAUGAGCCCUAAAAAGGGUAGUGAAACUAAUCCAGCUACUAGGCAAACCGAUACUUCAGGGCCUGCUCCAACAAGCAAAUCGUCGUCACUGGGCAGUUUUUAUCAUCUUCCAUCGUAUCUCAAGUUAUAUGAUGUCUUGAAAGCUACCCAUGCUAACUAUAAGGUUACAUUGGAUCUUCAGAACAACAUCGAAAAAUUUGGAGGUUUCCUACGAUCUGCCCUGGAUGUCCUCUCUCAAAUUUUGGAACUAGCAACUCUUCAAGACAUUGGAAAGUGCGUUGAAGAGAUUUUGGGGUAUUUGAAAUCCUGUUUCAACAGAGAACCAAUGAUGGCAACAGUUUGUGUACAGCAGUUGCUGAAGACUUUAUUUGGCACGAACUUGGCAUCGCAAUAUGAUGGCUUAUCUUCAAACCCCAGCAAAUCUCAAGGCAAAGCCCAGCGUUUAGGCUCUUCUAAUUUGAGGCCUGGUCUUUAUCAUUACUGCUUCAUGGCCCCUUAUACACACUUUACACAGGCACUUGCUGAUGCGAGUCUAAGGAACAUGGUACAGGCAGAGUCGGAACAUGAUGCUUCAGGAUGGUUUGAUGUGCUGCAGAAAGUUUCUACGCAACUGAAAACUAGCCUUACAAGUGUAACAAAACAUCGUGCUGACAAGAAUGCUAUUCACAAUCACAUUCGCUUGUUUGAACCCCUUGUUAUAAAAGCUUUAAAGCAAUAUACUACGACGACGUCGGUACAACUACAGAGGCAGGUUUUAGAUCUCCUUGCACAGCUGGUUCAGCUACGGGUUAACUACUGUCUUCUAGAUUCGGAUCAGGUGUUUAUUGGAUUUGUGCUAAAGCAGUUUGAAUACAUUGAAGUGGGACAGUUCAGGGAAUCCGAGGCAAUUAUCCCUAAUAUAUUUUUCUUCUUGGUAUUAUUGUCUUAUGAGCGAUAUCACUCCAAACAGAUAAUUGGAAUUCCUAAGAUUAUUCAGCUGUGUGAUGGUAUCAUGGCCAGUGGAAGGAAAGCUGUUACACAUGCUAUACCAGCUCUGCAACCCAUUGUCCAUGACCUCUUUGUAUUACGAGGAACAAAUAAAGCUGAUGCUGGAAAAGAACUGGAAACACAAAAAGAGGUGGUGGUGUCAAUGCUACUAAGACUUAUCCAGUAUCAUCAGGUGCUGGAGAUGUUCAUCCUAGUACUACAACAGUGCCACAAAGAGAAUGAAGACAAAUGGAAAAGAUUGUCCCGACAGAUAGCAGAUAUAAUUCUCCCAAUGUUAGCAAAACAACAGAUGCAUAUAGAUUCCCAUGAAGCUCUGGGAGUAUUGAACACUUUAUUUGAAAUUUUGGCUCCUUCAUCCCUCCGUCCAGUGGACAUGCUUUUAAGAAGUAUGUUUGUUACUCCCUGUACAAUGGCAUCAGUGAGCACUGUUCAGUUAUGGAUAUCUGGUAUCCUAGCUAUCCUUAGAGUUCUGAUUUCACAAUCAACAGAGGAUAUAGUUCUAUCUCGUAUUCAAGAGCUUUCUUUCUCCCCUUACUUAUUGUCAUGUCAAACAAUUAACAGGCUAAGGGAUGGGGAGAAUAAUGUACCCACACCUGAAGAACAAAUUGAGCUGAAACAGGCUAAAUAUCUGCCUGAAGAGACAUUUUCUAGGUUCUUGUUACAGUUAGUGGGCAUUCUAUUGGAAGAUAUUGCUACAAAACAGUUGAAAGUGGACAUGAAUGAACAGCAGCACACUUUCUAUUGCCAAGAGUUGGGCACAUUGCUUAUGUGUUUAAUACAUAUCUUCAAAUCAGGGAUGUUCAGAAGAAUCACAGCUGCUGCCAGCAGGCUUUUUACAGGAGAUGGAUCUGAUGGUAGUUUUUAUACCCUUGAGAGUCUGAGUGGUCUUGUUCAGUUCAUGAUUCCCACACACCCUUCUUUAGUGCUCCUCUGGUGUCAAAUCCUACUUCUUGUCAAUUACACUAACUACAGCUGGUGGUCAGAGGUGCAUCAAACACCAAAGAGGCACAGUCUUUCCAGUACUAAAUUGCUGAGCCCUCAGAUAUCUGGAGACAGUGAUGAAUUUGAUUCGGAAUCCAAAUUUGGCAUGUGCAAUCGAGAGAUAGUACGAAGAGGAGCACUCAUUCUUUUUUGUGACUAUGUUUGUCAAAACCUACAUGAUUCAGAACACUUGACAUGGCUUAUAGUGAAUCAUGUUCAAGAUCUGAUUAAUCUGUCUCAUGAGCCUCCUGUACAAGACUUUAUUAGUGCUGUUCAUAGGAAUUCAGCAGCCAGUGGUCUCUUCAUCCAGGCUAUUCAGUCUCGGUGUGAGAACCUCGCAACUCCAACAACACUAAAGAAGACCCUGCAAUGCUUAGAGGGCAUUCAUCUCAGCCAGUCUGGUGCUGUGUUAAUGUUGUAUGUGGACAAGCUUUUGUGUACUCCAUUCCGUGUGCUGGCUCGCAUGGUUGACACACUUGCUUGUCGUCGAGUAGAAAUGCUUUUGGCUGCAACUUUCCAGAACAGCGUUUCUCAGUUACCAGUUGAAGAACUGGAUAGAAUUCAGGAAUAUCUUCAAAACAGUGGAUUAGCACCAAGACACCAAAGACUUUACUCGCUAUUGGACAGGUUUCGCCUUACAGUAGCUCCAGAAACAACUAGCCCUUCACCUUUGGUUACUUCACACCCACUGGAUGGGGAAAACCAACCAGCCUUAGAGAAUGUAAUUCCAGACAAAGACUGGUAUGUAUCACUAGUCAGAUCACAGUGCUGGGUCAGGUCAGACUCUGCACUGCUGGAAGGUGCAGAGCUGGUGAAUAGGAUACCUCAGCCUGAACUAAACUCCUUCAUGACCAGUAAGGAGUUCAACUUAAGCUUAUUAGCUCCCUGUUUAAGUCUUGGCAUGAACGAAAUCUCAGAAGACCAAAAGAGCAGCCUCUUUGAAACUGCCCAUAGGGUAACCCUAGACCACGUGUGUAACAUUGUUCAAAAACUUCCUGCCAGCCAUCAAGUUUUUCAGCCAUUGCAGCCAGCUGAGACUUCAGCCUAUUGGAGCAAGCUAAGCGAUAUUUUUGGAGACACGAUGCUGUAUCAGACUGUGAUGAAACUCUCUCGUGCACUGGCUCAGUAUUUGUCGUUACUCUCUAAAUUACCAGCAUCUCUCUGUAUUCCACCUGACAAAGAGAGUGACAUCCUGAAGUUUGUAGUAAUGUCAUUAGAGGCACUGUCAUGGCAUUUAAUACAUGAACAGAUUCCUCUAAGUAUAGAUCUUCAAGCUGCUUUGGAAUGCUGCUGCCUAACAUUACAGCAACCUGGUCUCUGGAAUUUGCUGGCUUCUGCAGUGUAUGUGACACAGGCUUGCUCCCUAAUUAAUUGUGUCAGAUUUAUAAUAGAGGCAGUUGCAAUUGAACCUGGAAACCAGCUUCUUAGUCCAGAAAGGAAGAAGAAUACUUCAAAAGGGGUCAGUGAGGAUGAAGUUGAUUCAAAUGCUCAAACGAAAUAUAUUACAACAGCUUGUGAAAUGGUGGCUGAAAUGGUGGAGUGUUUACAGACUGUCUUGACGUGCGGACAUAAGAGAAACAACAGUAUCCCAGCAUUUCUCACUCCUGUCCUUAAGAACAUAAUCAUCAGCUUGGGUAGACUGCCUCUAGUAAACAGCUACACAAGAGUACCUCCCUUGGUCUGGAAACUAGGCUGGUCACCAAAACCUGCAGGUGAUUUUGGCACAGCUUUUCCAGAAAUUCCUGUAGAAUUUCUUCAAGAAAAAGAAAUCUUUAAAGAGUUCAUCUAUCGCAUUAAUACAUUGGGGUGGACUAGCCGUACCCAGUUUGAAGAAACCUGGGCUACUCUCCUUGGUGUGCUUGUAACUCAACCAAUUGUAAUGGACCAAGAAGAAAGUCAACAAGAGGAAGACACAGAGAGGACCCAAAUUAAUGUUCUUGCAGUACAAGCCAUAACCUCCUUGGUGCUGAGUGCAAUGACAAUACCAGUUGCAGGCAAUCCAGCAAUUAGCUGCUUGGAACAGCAGCCCCGCAAUAAAGCUUUAAAAGUUCUGGAUACCAGGUUUGGGAGAAAGUUAAGUGUUAUCAGAGGAAUUGUGGAACAAGAAAUCCAAGCAAUGAUAUCUAAGAGGGAUAAUAUUGCCACGCACCAUUUUUAUCAAGCAUGGGACCCUGUUCCAUCACUUUCUCCUGCUACCACAGGUGGUCUUAUCAGCCAUGAAAAGCUUUUACUGCAGAUCAAUACUGAGCGAGAAAUGGGAAACAUGGGCUAUAAACUAGGACAGGUUUCUAUACACUCCGUGUGGCUAGGAAAUAACAUCACUCCAUUGAGAGAAGAGGAGUGGGAUGAAGAUGAAGAAGAUGAAAGUGAUAUGCCUGCUCCUUCUUCACCACCAACCUCUCCUAUUAACUCCAGGAAACACCGGGCUGGGGUUGAUAUACAUUCUUGUUCUCAGUUCUUGCUUGAACUGUACAGUCAAUGGAUAUUGCCAUCAAAUCCUAGCAAGAGAACGCCAGUCAUUCUGAUUAGUGAAGUGGUGCGAUCACUUUUGGCAGUGUCUGACUUGUUUACAGAAAGGAAUCAAUUUGAGAUGAUGUACACCACAUUGACAGAAUUGCGGAAGGUGCAUCCAUCAGAAGAUGAGAUUCUUAUUCAAUAUUUGGUACCAGCCACAUGUAAAGCAGCUGCUGUUCUUGGAAUGGAUAAAGCUGUAGCUGAGCCAGUAAGCCGUCUGUUGGAAUCAACACUACGCAGCACCCAUAUGCCAAGUCGGAUUGGAGCUCUGCAUGGAAUUCUUUACAUUCUUGAGUGUGACCUGCUUGACGAAACAGCAAAGCAACUCAUUCCAAUUAUCAGCGAGUAUUUGCUUUCCAAUCUGAGAGGGAUAGCCCACUGUGUAAAUGUCCAUAACCAACAGCAUAUUUUAGUGAUGUGUGCUGCAGCAUUCUACUUGAUAGAGAAUUACCCACUUGAUGUAGGGCCUGAAUUCUCUGCAGGAAUUAUACAGGUCUGUGGCGUAAUGGUGUCUGGAAGUGAUGAAUCAACUCCAUCCAUUAUUUACCAUUGCGUCCUCAGAGGAUUAGAACGACUCCUCCUUUCAGAGCAACUUUCUAGACUGGAUAGUGAAUCUUUAGUUAAACUAAGUGUUGAUAGAGUGAACAUACACAGCCCCCACAGAGCAAUGGCAGCCUUGGGGUUAAUGCUGACUUGCAUGUAUACAGGAAAAGAGAAAAUCAGCCCAAGUCGUGCAACAGAUGCAAAUCCCACAGCUCCAGACAGUGAGUCUGUUAUUGUAGCUAUGGAACGGGUGUCUGUUCUUUUUGAUAGGAUCCGGAAAGGAUUUCCUUUUGAAGCUAGAGUAGUGGCACGGAUCCUCCCUCAGUUCCUAGAUGACUUUUUCCCUCCACAGGAUGUAAUGAACAAAGUUAUUGGAGAAUUUUUAUCCAACCAGCAGCCAUACCCACAAUUCAUGGCUACAGUAGUUUAUAAGGUUUUUCAGACACUACAUACCACUGGACAGUCACCAAUGGUCCGUGAUUGGGUGAUGCUCUCUCUCUCCAACUUCACACAGAGAACGCCUGUUGCAAUGGCAAUGUGGAGUCUUUCCUGUUUUUUUGUCAGUGCUUCCACCACUCAGUGGGUUUCAGCAAUUCUUCCACAUAUUAUCAGCAGAAUGGGAAAAUCGGAGCAAGUGGACAUUAACCUCUUCUGUUUGGUGGCCAUAGACUUUUACAGACACCAGAUAGAUGAGGAACUAGAUCGAAGGGCCUUCCAGUCUGUGUUUGAGAUGGUAGCAUCGCCAGGAAGCCCAUAUCAUCGCCUGCUAACUUGCUUGCAAAAUGUUCACAAGAUCACGGCAUGCUGAACGUCGUGAUAUUGGUUAAUGAAACUCGGUGGCUUGAUUUGGAAUCUGGUAUGAAUGUUUAGAGAAAUAUAAAGGUGCAGAAAGCAGCUGGGAUUUGCUUCUGCAAUGAAUCUGCAUCUGUCAGUUUUAUACUUCAUGCUUGUUUGCACGGAGAAGCGCUGUGCACCACAGAGAAUCACAUGAAAGGUGUAAUAGGAACAUUCUUAUUAGCAGUGGGUAACUAUGCUAAAUGGAAAUAUGUAUAUGUUUUAUGUAAUGUUUGGGACUAACCUGAGGCUGAAUUACUAACUGUAAAAUACAUGGGCAGAUACUUUGUGCAGGAAAGCCAGGUAUUACUCUUCUUCCUGAUGUUCAACUUAAGUCACCGUGUUGCAUCUGGUAUUGAAACUCUGACAGAAAUACUCUCAGUGCAAGUUUUCAGUCAUUAUAAAUCUUUAUAGUUUAUGUGUGUAUAUAUAUAUAAUAUAUGUACACUGUGAGGUAGUAUAGAUCAGAAAUUGUUUCCUAAUGUCUCUCCCAAACAAGGAAAUGAGAAACCAGUUUUCAGGAGUAAUACUCCCAGCAUGCAAUUAUUCUAUCUCUGGACUUUCUAAUAUACUGUGGUGUAUGUGUUGGUGGCAUGGGACAUGUAGUGCACAUACAUAACCACACUUUUCUUUUUUCUUCUCAGGAUUUAAAAUUUGAGUACAAUAUAUCAGUAAAAGAAAUUUUAACUUAAAUAUUUCUAUAUCAUGUAAAGUAUGUAAAAUUGUAAAAUGUGUGGUGCAUGAGAUGUGCUAUAAUUUGAAAUGAACAAAAAGCCACUCUGCUGAAUGUCUUGACAUCUGUAUUGUCCUCAUUUUCUCAUUGUGUGCUCAAGUUCAUGUUCAUUUUUAAAAUCCAUCUUAAUGUACAGGUUACAUUUUAUGUUCUACAUUUCACAUUUUUGUAGGUUAACACUUUUAAAAACUGGAAUAUAUAGGCUAGUUGUGUUGAUGCUAUGUUAAGAAGGCAUUUUUGUGAUCCAUUUGAUGGUAGCUUGUCUUGAGUUUCUUUAUUUUGAGAUGUAAAGGAGAGGGGACUAGAUAUCCUGGAUUAGCACUUUGUAUACUAAGCUGCUCUCACCUGCUGCAGAGGCGUUGGGUUUUUUUUGUUUUUUUUUUGUUUUUUUUUGUUUGGUUUUUUAUUUUUAUUUAUUUUUUUUGAGAGAGAGAGAAAAAAAUGAUGCAAGUUCCCAGUAGCCAAUAACUAUCUGGCUUUUUCAUUUAUACUAACAGAAACCAUGGAGUCAUUUGGAUAUAAACCACUCACUUUACUCUAAGCAAAUUUAUGAUGACAGUUAAGAAUCAGAAGUCUAAUGUGGUCUACUUUGGGGCUGGCUAAGGUGUUAGAUUAUACAACCUCUUUUAUUAGUUGUUUAUACACAAACACAGCAUAAACAUCCACAAAUUCCAAAAUUCUCCAAUUCUACACAGGGCCAGAUUCUGCUUACGCCUCAUACAAGCCUUUGAUUUUAGUUGGUUGCACGUGGGGAAAUCUAGGGCAGUAUUUUUCCAAUAACUGUAUCUGAUAUAAUUCUUCAAUAUAGAAAAGCAAUGCCUUGGUUCUGAGCUACAUUGCUAUAUUUAACCUCAUUACAUUUUCUCAUUAACACCUGUUGGUAACACUCAGAAUAUCUGAAUAGUGUUAUCAAGAGGAGCAUAUACUGUAUGUAUUUGUGUAUAUAAUGUAUAUGUAAUUAUACACAUAUGACUACAUUUACUGUAUACAAAUGUGUAUAUUUGUAUUUAUUAAACCCAUGGAUUUAAACUAA